GAUGAGCAUUGCAUCAACUAAGGUGGCAGUUUUACCCUCUGCUUGAUGUAGGUUGUUUAGUUUACAUCAAGUUUUUGUGCAGAGUGUGUAUUUUUUUGCAAUCGCUUUUGGGUUUUGUGUUUUGAAUUCUGGGCAGCUGCACUGCAGUGGGAAGAAGGCUUCUUUUGCGUCGGGCGGAAAAUUCUGUACGUGAACGAGCAGUGGAUUUAGGGUGAAGUUUUGGCGCCGGUGCCUGCAAUUUCCUGUGGUUGAUUUUUGAAUGUAAGUGUUGAAAUUCGCGUCAGCGAAUUCGAAGAUUGUUCGUGCAAAAAUAAAAACGAAGUGAUGAAAAGGUUUGCGUGUUUGUUUUGACACGUGCCCAAACACGACUUUUGUAGGUGGCGUGAAGCUGGCGAAAAAAAUCGGCCCUAUCAAGUGUGUACAAUAAUGAUGAUGACAACUAAACAUUGCCCGUGUUCGAGAGCAAAGAACGAGUGAUUUAUAAGCCGGGGACGCUUUUGUUUUGUGCAAAUUUUUGGCCGAAAGGUGCGAAGAAAAAUAGUGCGACAGAAAUGACGAUGGAGGUUUGCUGCUUGAAAAUGGCUUCCAGAUGCAGGCCUACGAGACCGAUCAAGGAUAUAACGCAGCUGUCGACGGCCGGCUCGUCCCAUGAUUGCGGAUCCCUGUCGCGGGUGGUGAUGGUACGGAAAACCGACCAACGUGUUAUUAAUCACAAGGGAAGCCAAAAGGAUCCACUAUGCGAGGUCAUCACGAUGGAAACCAUCCAGACCUACAAGGGCCACAAGCCGGACCGGACCGUCGUCUUCAAGGAGAAGUUCGAUCUCAGCGGUAACGAUAUGAACAAAUCGCUCUCCACCAGCAAGCUAAUGAUGGGAUCACCCCGGUUGUCGAUCAGCCCACUGCGGACGAUUCUGACCACGACGACCGAGCUGGAAACUGGCAAAAGUGAUCGGAACAAUAACACAACGACGACGUCAACUGUGAUUAGGGAGCAGCAGUUCCAAACGCGCCCUAAGUCACUGGACAGGGGUAACAACAAUAUCAGCAACGGAUACAUUUUCUCUAUCCCGAAGUCAACCCGGUUCUCCAAGAGUCCCUCCAUCGGUAAUCUACGGCAUAAGAGUCCGUCCCUGUCGGCAUCGCAGAGCUCCCUGCGACGGUCGAUUUUUAGCGAUUUUGAACUGGAUUGUCUCAAAACACACAACGAAUACCGAACAAAGCACGGUGUAUUACCGUUGAAACUGAACAAACGCCUGUGCCGUUAUGCGGACGAGUGGGCCAAAGUAAUAGCGGCACGGGGAGUCCUGGUUCAUCGGAGCAAUUCCCAGUACGGGGAAAACAUCUUCUGCUCGUGGAGUUCGCCGAAUGCCAAUGUCUCCAUCACCGGGCGGGAACCGGUGGAAAAUUGGUACAGCGAGGAAUCCACCCACGUGUAUGGGAAGGAACCGGCCACCCUCAAGACUGGACAUUUCACGCAGGUCGUUUGGAAGGACAGUCGUGAGUUAGGGGUCGGCAUGGCUAGCAAUAGAUCUGGUCAAAUUUUCGUAGUGGCCAACUACGAUCCGCCGGGCAACUACAUCGGAAGCUUCGCCAAAAAUGUUGCCCCACCGGGAGGGUUUGAGAUACCAAAGAUUAUCGUCGAUAAGACAAGUGCUGCAGCGGGAGGGGAAUCUAAGAACGCUACACCGAAGGCGGAAAAACACGUUCGAAUCGUCGAUGAAAAUGAUCCAGACCAGUUUGACGAGUUCUCGCGGGCGAUGCUGCGUCAUCAUAACGAGUAUCGUCGCAAGCACGGAGCUCCAGAUUUAGUCUUGCAUAAGGAAUUGCUUCGAGAUGCUCAACAAUGGGCGGAGAUUUUGGCACGGGAUGACCGAUUCACCUAUCGACAAAAUUCCAAGUAUGGCGAAAAUUUGUACUGUCUGUGGUCUUCCGAUCGGCAUGCCAAACCAAACCCGAAAGACGUUUGUCGUUCCUGGUACGAAGAAGUAAAGCAGUAUUCUUUCAACGUGGAGCCACGUGGCGUCAUUAAGGGAGGACAGUUUACACAGAUGGUCUGGAAGGGAACCAAAGAGCUCGGCGUUGGUGUCGGGCAAACCCGGAGCGGUAAGGUUAUUGUUGUGUGCACAUAUUACCCCAGGGGUAAUGUGCUGGGACAGUUCGUAGCGAAUGUUCAAAAGCGAAAUGUUUAGGUAUUUGUUUUUCAAUUUCAAACACUCCCAAACAAUCUUCAGGACAUAAGUAAAGCCUUACACAUCUCGUAGCAUCCUUCACCCAGCUGGGCGAUCCUCACUGAUUUAGAUUUAUUACUUAACGUAAACCUAACCACAGUUUUUUAGAUGAUUGGGUACUACUUAAGCAAUGGCCCUCAGGCUAAAACCUACGAGCCUUUGCAUCCAAUGAGCAGCAAUCGAAUUACCCAAAGCAACCUGAGAACAAAAUGCCUUCACUUGGAUGUUCGUUCCGCAGUUCCUGCGUUUCUGUCCAUUAUAGAAACCGUUACCGAUCCACGAUUAGCACGGAAACGCACCAUAUUAAUGGAAAGCACUUUUAGCACCAUAAAAAGCUAACCCAAAGUUUGUAGCGUUGCGAAAAGAGAAAUAAGAGCGAGAGAGAGAGGAAGAGUAAGAGAUAUUUUUCUACCACGAAGCUUUGAUAUAAAAAAAAGUCUGCUCACACAGUUUGAAACCGAUACUAGAUGUUGUAAUGUUUCUCUUUGUGCUCGAAUUUUUUACUAUUGGCUUAAAAGCAGUUCGAUAAUCUGACUACUAAAAGUGUACGCAAUUUAGCAUUUUUUACGAAAAGGACAGUUUGAUAGCAAAUAUUUGUAAACAGCACAAAUUUGAUUCCAAAAACAAAAUGAGUGUUAACGUUUACUAUUUUAAGAAGAACAAAAAUUAAAUUAGAUUAAAUAUUCAUUGCCAUAAUAUUUAUGUCAUCAUUUAACGAAAGCAAACAAUCACGCAAGUUCAAAUAUUAAAAUUAUUCUCAUA